GGGAGGCAGACGCGGCGGCGACGACCGAGGAGGAACCUGAACGCGCGGCGCAGCAGCACGCCUGGGAAGUCUGUGUCCUGCUGUUUGCCUGAACGUUAGCCAACGCUCACGGAUAUAACCGACACACACACACACACACACGCGCGCGCGCAGCGGAGAGGGGGAACAUUAUGGCGACGUUGGGACCGGAGUCGGCUCGCCCUCCUCUUUCCCAGCUCGGUUCUUCUCCGUCGAUCCAGACUCACAUCGGCAGCGCCAACCUGCCUCCCAACCGGGGCUUGGAGCGGGCGCUGGAGGAGGCUGCGGCCAGCGGCGUCCUCAACAUCAGCUCCCGGAAACUGAAGGAGUUUCCCCGGACAGCGGCCAACCACGACCUGACGGACACGGUGGAGGCAGAUCUGUCAAAGAACCGACUGGCCGACGUCCCCUCAGAGGUCUGCAACCUGGUUGCCUUGGAAACACUAAACCUGUAUCACAACUGCAUCAGGACCAUCCCAGACAGCAUCAUCAGCCUGCAGUCGCUCACCUCCUUAAAUAUCAGUCGUAACCAGCUGGGCUCUCUGCCGGCCUGUCUGUGUGGUCUUCCUCUGAGAGUCCUCAACGCCAGCAACAACAAGCUGGUGAGUCUGCCAGAGACCAUCAGACAGCUGCACAGCCUCAUGGAGCUGGACAUCAGCUGCAACGAGAUCACGGCUCUUCCUCGUCACAUCGGCAAACUCAAAGCUCUGCGAGAACUCAACGUACGCCGAAACCUUCUCUGCGUCCUGCCAGAAGACCUGGCUGAACUUCCUCUGGUGAAGUUCGACUUCUCAUGUAACAAGGUGUCCACCAUCCCAGUGUGUUACAGGAAGAUGAAACAGCUCCAGUCGCUCCAGUUAGAAAACAACCCACUGCAGAGUCCACCUGCACAGAUCUGUAUAAAGGGCAAAGUUCACAUAUUCAAGUAUCUGAGCAUCGAGGCGUGUCGCAGCGAGAAGAUGCCCGACUCCCUCUACCUGCCCGUCAUGGAGAGAAUCAGCCUAUCACGGCCCACCGCCGGCAGUGUGGAGGACAUGGAGCAGCAGAAGAAGCAGGACAGCGACUCAGGAGUCGGCAGCGACAACGGAGACAAGAGACUGUCUGCUACUGAGCCGUCAGAUGAAGACAGUCUGAGUCUCAACGUGCCGAUGAGCCACAUCACAGAGGAGGAGGGGAUCAGUAAAGACGACUCCAGUGAACACAUCAGCUCCCUGACAGCAGACCCGCACUGCGACUCGGUCCGGCUGAUCGAGGAGAGUCCUACGGAGGCCCUGAAGGAGCAGUUCAGCUACAGAGACUCCGCGCUCAGCACUCGCUUCGUCAACUACAUCAAGGGUCGGACAGCAGCAGACUUUGACGAGCCCCUCAGGAUAGAAGAAGACUCACACUGGCAAACAGAACAAAUGUCAAAGGUCAAAGGGGGCACAGAGCUCCACAUUGACAUGAUCAACCAGCUGAAGGAGGCUGUGGAGCUGCUGCAGGACCCCAGCAGAGUGAGCGCGGAGCAGGACGACCUGUCUGGAGUCCAGCUCUACCCGGUGGAGAUGGUCACAGUGGAGGAGUCACUCAAUGGGCAGGACAGUGAUGACGGCGCCUCCACUCCAAAGCAGCACCUGGAGGAAGGUGGCUAUGAGUUCCAGAAGAAGAGACAGAUGAUUCUAGAGAAGGCCAGGUUUGAGGCCCAGCUUGCAUGUCGGGAGUAUGAGUGGCAUAUGUCCAUCAAGCGAGACGACAGAUCUCCAGCCAGCGGAUCCCCGUCCUUCUCCAGCCCGCCGUUUGGACUCAAGCCCCGUUCAGCCCCGCCCUCGCUGCCCUGCUCGCCCCCUCCUUCCUGUCUCGACCCCUCCCUCCUCUCACAGGCCUCGCCCUUCCGUAGAGAUACCCCACGUAGCCAUGACGAUGGAGGCGUGCACAGCCGCGUGUUCCUGCGGAGCCACAAGAGUCUGGAGUCUGUGGAUCCUCAGUUCACCAUGAGAAGGAAGAUGGAGCAGCUCAGAGAGGAACUGGAGCUGAUGGAGCAGCUCAGAGACAGCAUCGAGAGCAGACUGAAGGUCGCCCUUCCCGAGGACCUCGGCUCGUCUCUGAUGGACGGCGUCGUGCUCUGCCAUCUGGCCAAUCACAUUCGCCCGCGCUCUGUCGGCAGCAUCCACGUCCCCUCACCUGCAGUGCCCAAACUCAGCAUGGCCAAGUGUCGGAGGAACGUGGAGAACUUCCUGGACGCCUGCAGAAAGAUCGGUGUGCCUGAGUCUUCCCUCUGUUCGCCCUACGACAUCACCCAGUGCCGCCUGCAGCCAGUUCGCGCCACGCUUCGGGCGCUGGUUGCCUUGGAUACAAGAUCUCCGGACAGGAAGCGGGAAGGGCCGGUCUCAACUCCAAACCCCGCCUCCUCCGGGGUGUCAGAGACUCCCUCGUUGGUUUCUGUCACCACUCAAACCCCGCCCCCCGCCUGGCAAAUCUGGGACAUUGUCGGCUCAAGCUUGGUUCACAUCCUCUGCCUAGUUCUGCUCUUUGUGGCCUAUAGCUGGAGCGAGCUGACGUAACCGUGACAACUGCCUCCUGUCAGUCACCUGCUAGCCCCGCCCUCGUUCUGCGCAGGCUCCUCCUCCUUACUUCUGCUGCAUUUAUGUCACAUGGGAAAAAUCAUGCUCAAAAUGAAACAUGAGUUGCUGUAAUGAUCCGUCCAUGAAAAAUCCACAGUCGUCGUUCUGUGUCAAAAUGAUUCUUAAAGUUUAUCUGAAGCUGAACUGUGACUUAAAUCAAGUGCGUGUUUUCUAAAGUUACAGUGUUUUUCUAUGGAAAUCCCUCUUCACCGACAAGAUCGUUUUUAUGCUUUGAUGAGGUGGAAAAGAAACAGAGUUAGUGAAUAAACCUUGAUGUACAUGAAUCAUGAGACUAAAAUAUGAAACAAACAGAACUGUCAGAUUUCCAUAAUGUUUUCCCAUAGACUGUAAAUAAAGAUGGACGUAGUCUCCAUGACAUCACCCACAGGUUUCUAAAGAGCGGUUUUGAAGCUCAGAGUGAGCUGCUCCACCGUUGCCAUCUUGGCAGUGCCUGACUCCGCCCCCUAACUCCCAGCUAAUCUAAAAAUGAGCAAAGAGGAGGGGAGUGUGUGGAGCUGAGACUUUGGUGCAUACGCUCACCUACCUGUCACUCAGAGAGGCCACGCCCCCAAUUCUUCAUAACUGUAGUCCUUAAUAAAAUGUAAACAGGUGAGUUAUAUAAACAGGUGAGUUAUAUAAACAGGUGAGUUAUAUAAACAGGUGUCAUGAAGGAGGAAAUCAGCUGUAGAGACCAAAACAGUUUUUGUACCAGGCUGUAAACAUGUUUCUUUCUGCUGUAAAGUUGGACAUUUUAACAUGGGAGUCUAUGGGGACUGACUCACUGUUGGAGCCAGACUCUAGUGGCCGUUAGAGGAACUGCAGCUUCUGGUUCUUCCGUGUUGGCUUCAUGUUUCAGCCCCUGAGGUUACUGCCUGUCUCUUUCCACCUGGUUUUCCGUCGUUUGAGCUUCGACUGGAUCUUUUAAUGACCUCAUCUUCUUCUACUCAUAUUCACUCAACAUGAGUGGAAAUGGGCUAAAUUUUGCACUAGAUUUGGAUGGAAAUGCAGCUACAGUUUUGCUGAGCUGUUGUGGACACAGUGCAGGACUGUAACUGUGUAAGAUUCUCACCUGAUUUCUUUAAUGUAUUUUUGCACAGAACGAAACCUGUGGAUUCUGUCACCCAUCACUUAUAUUGAAUUUCUCUUUGCUGCCACUAUGGGCAGUUACAGCGACCAUUAAUGCUUUCAGUGCACAUACGGGCAUGUGAGUGUUGUCUUACAUUAGACUUGAUAAAAUGUGAGCUUUUCCUUCAACAUUCCUGUGGACAAAUGUGAGCCAGAUGGUUACGAUUUACACAAAACCAAAUGGAUGUCUAAAAUCUAAUUUCAUGCCAUUUUAAUUUCAGUAAAACUUCUAUAACCAGAAUAAACCAGAUCAGUAAAUCCUCUGUCCAUCCCAUGUGAGACGAAUGCAGCCUCAGCAUGAGCUGACGUCUCUGCUCCUCACCUUCUACUUCAUGUUUGAUUUUCUUCUUCUUCUCCUCCUUCUUCUUCUUCUUCUUCGCCCGUUUGGAAACAAUCAGCUCCCAUCAGACAUGUUUUUGUGUCUUCGCAAUAAACUGACAUUGAAACUCCUAACAGAAGCAAGGACGUGUGAAAUCAGCAGGUUACUUGAAGUCACUGAUGUCUUAUCAACAUGUUGUACAGCAAGGACGUCUGACCUGAGCAGGACUGAGAGGGGCUUUGUUUUGUUAACUUUCUGGAGCCAAUAAGAAAAGUUACAGUUUAACAAAAUCACCGUCUUAUGUGUAAAAAAGAGAGAUAACAAGAUCUAAAACUGUUCCAGUAUUUACACCUCCUCGCUGACGAAGCAGAGUCAGUGGUAGUGUUCAGAUUUCUGAUGCAGUUAUAAAUUAAUACUGUUCAUAGUGUACAGUAUUUAGCAUAGAGUAGCCUGGUGUUACUGAGUUGACAAUAAAAUUUGACUUAAAGCAGAGAUAUACUUACUUUUAACUACGCAUUUGCAUGACGGCUGCCUCGCAUGUCCUCGGUCCGUUUGGAGCGGCGUUUGUUCACAGAAGAAUGUAACGCUAGACGUGUGAAAGAUGCAAUAUGCACAUGAACACUAGGGGCAGCGUAGGGACGGCAAACUUGGUGUGUGUCACAGGGAAAAUAAUAAAGCAUUUCCUUAAUUUCAUAUCUUAGUAGACAUUAAUUAAUAGGCCUCCAGUGAUGAUAAAACCCACUUACAUCCCAUGUUUAGCCUGAUUUUACAGCACUGAAGGUCCAGAGUGUCACAGAAAGGCUAACAGGAGAAGCUAAAUGACUAAGCUAAUUGAUUAGCUAGAAGAAUCCUCCAGUAACUUGUAUUGAAUGAUUACGUUCACGAUGCAUCCGGUUGUCGGUGUGAACACGUGGUUGAAAAGCAAGUAUAUCUCCGGCUUUCGUUGGCUCCAGUUUACUCUGGUACAAAUCUCUCAGCAGCCAUCAUGGAGGCCUGGUGGACAAUGGGCUGGAGGCAGAGGUCUAAAUGUAUAACAACUAGAACUGUUGUCAUAACCAUUUAGUUAUGAUGUAAAUUUAAAAAAAGUGUUAUAGUAUGUUUUCAAAUGUAGGUUCACAUGUACAAUAUUCAAUAUCUUAAAGUACUAAAAAAGCAGUUUCUUUGCCACUAAACCACAUUAAUGACUAAGCUGAAACCUCCACAUUAUGUUACAGAUUCAAAGUUUAAGGUUCAAUUUAUGGCUUCGUGAAAAAUGGAAACACAGAGCGACCCUCUUAAUCAACCAAUUCUGAUGACAUAACAUGGACAUUAAAACCCACCAUGGGUUGAAUAAAUACCCUUCAUAUCAUCAUCAUAUCAUUUAUCUUUAUCUUCAUAGAGUUUGCUCAGUAAAGCUAACAAUAAGCUUGCUAACUACCAAUCAGGCAUUAAUGUUAACAUGGUAAAGGAUGAGUUUUUAAUAGGCACUUUAGCUAGUGUGCUAAUAUUUCAUUUUAUAUGUAACCUAGAAAUCUAAAAAAAAAACAUUCAGUUUUAAUCUUUUGAACUUAGACAUAUUUUGACUCAGAAAAUCCCCUGAUCAGACAGGAAUUAAACAUGUCUGACAAAUUAUUCAGACACCACCAUGUCGUAGUUUCUGGAUUACGAUCAGACCUCCUGAAGAGCUGAAGACCUCCAGUAUGACCUCCAGAUGGUUCUGCUGAAGCCCCUGUUUUAUCACUGCAAAGAUAUUUUUCAGAAAAGCCAAUAAGAAAGUUUUCAUUCCACCAAUAUUCAACUUUGACUAUCAGAUAAUUGCCUGCACAGUUAGAAACUGAAGCUUCAGAGUGGCGAUAGUUACAGACUGGAUGUUGUGUUUUCAUGGUGGGUCCCGUAAUUUCACCAACAUUAAACUGCAUAAGCACAUGAUCCCUGAAUGGACGAGUUCAGUGACUCACCACUAUUGAGCUGCACAAGUUGUGAUUAUGAAGAGUAAACGGAAGCCAUAUUUCAGUAGUUAUUGAUUAUUUAAAUCAGUCGGAUGUUAUUUUGUGUCUAAUUAUUUAAGUUAUUUGAGUAUGAAGUUUUGAAAAAUGUGGAUUUUGUUUAUUUGUUUAUUUAAAUGAAAUUUAAACUUCUUUUGAAUUGACAUCAGCUAACUCGACUGUAUCCUGAUAUGCAAUGUGACUGUUUUUGGAGAAUAUUUGAAGGGCUAUAGACACUAGAUGAGUUUAUGGAGUUAGAUCAAUAUUAGUCUUCUUAAGAUGUUUAUCUUAGAGGGUUUGAUACGUAGAAGAUUAGCAGCAUAGCGCUCUGUUUGUAUACCGAGAGGAAAACUGAGGAAUAUUGAUAUUUACGAACGCCCUGAGGGGCCAGUGAGAAUUGUGAUUUAAGAACAGGUGAAAAAAAAAGUCUGUUCUUUGUUUGUUGUUGUAAUACUCAUUUCAGCCACAAGAGGCUUUUUAUUUCUCCAUCCACUCUGAACAUGAGGUAAGUUUAUUGUGUGUUAGCAAGUUAUGUGACAUUACUGUCAUGUCUUUCUUUUGGCUAGAAAUGUAAAUUGUAAUCAGCAUUAAUCUGCCGUUAGCAUUAGCAAUAUUCAAUAAACAGCAACCAAUUCUACAUCUAAUAAAUUACCAAAAUCAAGAUGUGUCUAAAGUGUUUUGUAUAGUUAUUAUUAAAAGUACAAAAUUAUCAUAUUCUCUUAGCAACUGUCCAAAUGUCCUAGUGAUAAGUUUUUUUAAAAAAUUCUUUAUUGAUAAAACAUCCCAUCUCUGUUAUUAUGACCACGUUACAGUUAACUAAUGUUAGCAAUGCAGUCAACUCAACCUAGGUUGUAGUGGUUUAUUAGACAUGAAUGAUAUGUUUUGCACUUGCUAGCUAGCGGGCUAAUGGAUAACAUUAGCAUAGAUAACGCUAACGUCAUAUUAACCCAGAUUAAAAUACAUUUAUAGCCUAAAAAAGACAUGACUAAUGUUACACAACAUCCUAAGACACAGUAUAUAUGUACCUUGUGUUUAGAACACACAGAGAAAUUAAAAAUCACCUGUGAGUGGUGCACAUCACCCUCUUGUGGCUGAAAUGAGUAUUACGACAACAACACUUCUUUUUCACAUUUUUCACUUGUUUCUCAAAUGAUAAAAAAAUUUAAGGAACUCCAGAUUAUUCUGGCAAAACCUUGUUCCACCUCGUCUUAAGUCACUGGAUCCGAAAAUGGAUCAGCUGAAUUUAUUUUUUCUCACUUUCCUCUCAGGGCUUCCGUAGAUAUUUCCUGUUCCCACUGCAACUUUAAAAACAUAAUUCUGCCUGACAGCUGGUUCCUGGACUAAUUCACAGAAACUGAAUGAAUACAGAUGCGUUCACUUUAUGGUUUGAUGACACGGAAACAGAAAACGCCUUGUAUUUAUAACGUGUACAACACAGAAUAUUUGACAUGAACCAGUGUAAGCUGCUGAUAAAAUGUACAUUUCUGUGACCGCAUGUAUGAAUGUGAUGAUUUAAGUUGUUCAGUUUAAUUUAUUCAUAUUCUGUGAAUUAAUUCGAGCUGUAAGUUACAUCAGUUGCCUCAUUCUCUGCACAGAUGUGUUAACUUUGUGCUGAUGUGGGUGGACUUCCCGUGGGAGGAGGAUUUUUUUUAAGCCUUGUGUAUGAUAUUUGACGGUGUGAAAGUCAGAGGUAAUAAAUGCAGUUCAGGCA